AUGGAUAAACUAACUUGCGAUCAAAUAACCGAAAUCAUAACUAAUGAUGAAUCAGCCGACGAGCCUAGUGAUUAUUAUGAUAGUAGUUCUGAUGAAUCAGACUGUGAAGAUUUAGCACAAGAAAUAAGGAAAAAGUUAGUAUCUAAAUUGACCAAAAAUAACAGAUCAAGUACUAUUGUUUCCUCAAAUUCUGUUAGUGAUGUAAGUUUUACACCAAAAAAUGUAUUGGAUAAACAAAAAUGUAAUGAAAUAAUUGAUAAUAGUGAUAAUACACUCGGCUUCGGCAAUAAUGACUGUCCUGAUCGUGAUGAUCCGUAUUCGUAUUCAAGUUCGCCAGAAAUUUCUAUUUCGAAUCUAAAUUCAUUUGACAUAGAAAAUAUGGCAAUUGUCUUUGAUGACAAUUAUGUAGUUUAUCCACAUACAUCAACACCAAAUACUAAUACCAAUUAUAGCACUACACUAAAUAACAAUAGUGACAAUUUUUAUUUUGAUAUUAAUUCUGUUUGCCCAAAUAUUGAACAAAACUCUGCGAUUUCAAACCUAGAACCUUCAAUUAGUAUUAAAAAACGUAAAAUGCCCGUUUCUACAAAAAAUCAAAUUCCAAAUAAAAAUACUCGAUUAUCUGAUAGUACACUAUUUUCGGGACUUUGGAAUUUCAAUAAAAACAUGUUACCUCAGUAUUGCCCAAAUAAUUUGAAUUUUGAUAGCUUACAUUCCGGAGUUAAUAACGACCUAAUUAACGAUUUACCAUCGGAAAAUUUAGAAUUAUAUAUUUUCAAACACAUAUUUGAUGAAGACUUGGUCCAACAUAUUGUUGAAGAGACAAAUAAGUUCUACCAUUUUUUAGUAAAUAAUACAGUUUUAUCAAAACAUUCUAAGCUUGGUAAAUGGAAAGAUACGAAUUUAAAUGAAAUGUAUAUAUUUUUUGCUCUUAUGUUAUUAAUGCCACAUGUUAAAAAAAAUAAUAUUAAAGAUUAUUGGUCUACUUCGGUAUUACUGUCCACACCAAUAUUUGGGAAAAUUAUGACUCAAGGUAGGUUCCUAUUAUUGUUGAGAGUCCUUCAUUUCAAUGACAAUCGUAACCAGAUUCCUGGAGAUAGAUUAUUUAAAAUCAAAACAAUUGUCGAAUCCCUACGUAAAAAGUUUAAAUCCACAUACCAGCCUCAUCAAAAAGUAUGUGUUGACGAAAGUAUCGUUGAAUGGAAAGGCCGACUUCAAUUUAAACAAUACAUUCCAUCUAAACGGCAUCGCUUUGGAAUUAAGUUAUUCGUUCUAUGCGAUUGUAACUCUGGUUUUGUUCUUGAUUUUUUAAUUUAUACUGGUGAUAACACUCAUAUAACUAUAAAUGAAACAUUAAAGCUGUCUGGUUCAGUUAUAUCGACUUUAAUGGAGCCUUACGUAAACAAAGGCCACAUCAUUUAUAUGGAUAACUGGUACUCAUCUCCGACAUUAUUUGAGUACUUAUUGAAAAAAGAUACCGGGGACAUGUGGUACGGUUAA